AUGUCUUCGCGAGCGUUGCGCCGGGCGCAGCGAGAACUUGAAGAGAAGCAGAUACAGGAAAAACUUGCUCAAGAUGACCAAGACGAGGACGAGUCGGAGCCUGACGUGGCGCCCAAGACAACGGCGAAACCCAGCUUGUUCGCAAUGCUAGGCGAUGGUGGUGAAGAAGAUGAAGAAGAAGAUGAGGAGGAACAAGAAGACGCAGACCAGGACGUCAAACCCAAGGUUGGAGAUUCCGAUGGACACGCCGAGGCCGAGUCUAUGCCUGCAUCAAAGCCCUCAAAGAAGAGCAAGAGGAAAAAAAAGAAGGCAAAAGCCAAAGCCAAGGCUACAGAUGCCGACAAGACUGCUGCUUCAGCCAAGAAGUCAGAUCUCGAUGAGAUCGAUGAGGCAUUGCUUGCUCUUAAUAUGGCCAUGAACGGUCGGACGGAGACUGGGUCCGAUCAGCAGGACACUGUUGGUGAAGAGAAAAAACAGCUCUUUUCCGUGCUCAGUGUGGACACACAGCAUCUUCAUGCCGCCAAUGAGAUGAAGAGGCUCUUUGGUCGAGCAGCGGUGCAAAGUGCUGAAGAUGAGGCGCGGCCUCGACAACGUGGUCAGCAAGGUGGCAUCGCCGCUGCAAUCGCAGGGCGUAACGCCCCUGGCAAUCGUAACCUUGCAUCUCUGGGACUUCGACGAAACAUUUUUAUCCAAGGCAAAGAGGAGUGGCCACGGGCUACCUCUGGUGGUCUCGGCAUGGAGAUUGUUGAGAAGCGACCAGAUGGCACAGUCGAGUACAGAUUUGUUCACAACAAAACGUAUCAGGAUGUCCAGCGACAGUUCCAGAUUUGCGUUGCAAGCAUGGACUCUGAGCGUAUGAUCCAACUCCUGCAUCACAAUCCCUUCCACAUUUCCACUCUGCUCCAGGUAUCCGAAAUCGCAAAGCAACAAAGAGAGGCUGCUGCUGCGUCCGACAUGUUAGAGCGCGCCCUUUUUACUUUUGGACGCUCUGUACAUUCCACCUUCUCUGCAAACCUGGCGUCCGGCAAAGCCCGCAUGGACUUUCGCCGUCCGGAAAACCGCGAAUUUUGGCUUGCUGUAUGGCGCUACAUAGCCACACUGGGUGUUCGCGCGACAUGGCGCACGUCGUUCGAGUGGGCUAAGAUGCUACUUGCCAUGGACCCUGAACACGAUCCUUAUUGUCUCCGGUUACUUAUAGACCAAUUAGCCCUAAGAGGGCGAGAACCGGGGGCCCUGAUCGACCUGGUAGAAUCAGACUAUCUACAGCGAGAGUGGAAGGUUCCGCCAAACCUCGCCUUCAGUGUUGCGCUUGCUCACGAUCGUGUCAAGCAGCCACAAAAAGCACGCUCAACGUUGCGUAACGCAGUAAAAGAGUACCCAUGGCUAGCGGCGCGCCUGUGCAAAGAAUUGGACAUUUCCCCAAUACCAAAACCUGUAUGGGGAAAAGAACCAAACGGCGAGUACCAAGAACUAUUAUGCCAGCUUUAUGUACCCAAGGCGAAGGACUUGUGGAACAACACCGAAGGAACGACUUUGCUUGUGGAAAUCUGCUACUCUUUCGAAGAAGAGCUGGGAGCUGGGGAGGACCCAUACUGGCUUGCGCAAAUGGCAGAGACGGACCUUGGCAGGCAUGUAAUUCUUUCGGAUAACCAACCGCUCAUGGCUCUUCUCGAUCCCAAAGUCAAGGCCAAGUUCACAUCAGUAUCUGAUCCACUGCCUCCUGACGACAGCAUAGAAUCCUACGAUGCUUCUGUAGCUGGAGCACUCUCAGGGCGCCCCCGCGAUCCUGCGGUGCGAGAAGAGCUAUUAGCCGAACUCGAACAAUUCCAAAUAUACUUCCAAAGCAUAGGAAUAGACAGGUUGGUGCAGCCAGGUCUGGAGCAGGAAGGGUUAGCACGGGUGCUAGAGGAAGCGAACAGCAGUAUGGAAGAGUUUGGCGAGAGAACACACCGCUUCCAGAUGUUACGAAGGAGGUUGCAAGAAGAAGGCGUGCAGUUAGUAUUCGAUGGACAGGCUGCUGAGGGUGCAGGCGAUGGCACCGGCUCGGAGACGGAUGAGUAG